AUGCUGGAAGCAGAGCGAACUGGGAGCAGAGCACACAGAGCCACGGAGCGAGAGAUGCCGGCCCUGGGCUGGGCCGUGGCUGCCAUCCUGAUGCUGCAGAUGGCCAUGGCGGAGCCCUCCCCAGGGACUCUGCACAGGAAGGCAGGGGUGUUUUCAGACCUAAGCAACCAAGAGCUGAAGGCAGUGCACAGCUUCCUCUGGUCCAAGAAGGAGCUGAGGCUGCAGCCCUCCAGGACCACCACCAUGGCCAAGAACACCGUGUUUCUCAUCGAGAUGCUACUGCCCAAGAAGUACCAUGUGCUGAGGUUUCUGGAUAAAGGUGAAAGGCAUCCUGUGCGGGAAGCCCGUGCCGUCAUCUUCUUUGGUGACCAGGAGCAUCCCAAUGUCACUGAGUUUGCUGUGGGGCCCCUGCCAGGGCCCUGCUACAUGCGAGCACUGUCCCCCAGGCCUGGGCACCAGUCCUCCUGGGCAUCGAGGCCCAUCUCCACAGCAGAGUAUGCCCUCCUCUACCACACCCUGCAGGAAGCCACCAAGCCCCUGCAUCAGUUCUUCCUCAAUACCACAGGCUUCUCAUUCCAAGACUGCCAUGACCGAUGCCUGGCCUUCACCGACGUGGCCCCCCGAGGUGUGGCUUCUGGCCAGCGCCGCAGUUGGCUUAUCAUACAGCGCUAUGUAGAAGGCUACUUUCUGCACCCCACUGGGCUGGAGCUCCUCGUGGAUCAUGGGAGCACAGAUGCCCGGCACUGGGCCGUGGAGCAGGUGUGGUACAACGGGAAGUUCUAUGGGAGCCCAGAGGAACUGGCUCGCAAGUAUGCAGACGGAGAGGUAGACGUGGUGGUCCUGGAGGACCCUCUGCCUGGGGGCAAGGGGCAUGAGAGCACGGAGGAGCCGCCCCUCUUCUCCUCCCACAAGCGCCGCGGGGACUUCCCCAGCCCCACCCAUGUGAGCGGCCCCCGCUUGGUCCAGCCCCACGGCCCUCGCUUCAGGCUGGAGGGCAACGCUGUGCUCUACGGGGGCUGGAGCUUCGCCUUCCGGCUGCGCUCCUCCUCCGGGCUGCAGGUCUUGAACGUGCACUUUGGCGGAGAGCGCAUUGCCUAUGAGGUCAGCGUGCAAGAGGCAGUGGCGCUGUACGGAGGACACACACCUGCAGGCAUGCAGACCAAGUACCUGGAUGUCGGCUGGGGCCUGGGCAGCGUCACUCACGAGUUAGCCCCCGGCAUCGACUGCCCGGAGACCGCCACCUUCCUGGACACUUUCCACUACUAUGAUGCCGAUGACCCGGUCCGUUAUCCCCGAGCCCUCUGCCUCUUUGAAAUGCCCACAGGGGUGCCCCUUCGGCGGCACUUUAAUUCCAACUUUAAAGGUGGCUUCAACUUCUAUGCAGGGCUGAAGGGCCAGGUGCUGGUGCUGCGGACAACUUCAACUGUCUACAAUUAUGAUUACAUUUGGGACUUCAUCUUCUACCCCAACGGGGUGAUGGAGGCCAAGAUGCACGCCACUGGCUACGUCCACGCCACCUUCUACACCCCCGAGGGGCUGCGCCACGGCACUCGCCUGCACACCCACCUGAUUGGCAACAUACACACUCACUUGGUGCACUACCGCGUAGACCUGGAUGUGGCAGGCACCAAGAACAGCUUCCAGACACUGCAGAUGAAGCUAGAAAACAUCACCAACCCCUGGAGCCCGAGACACCGCGUGGUCCAGCCGACCCUGGAGCAGACGCAGUACUCCCGGGAGCGCCAGGCGGCCUUCCGCUUCAAAAGGAAGCUGCCCAGGUACCUGCUCUUUACCAGCCCCCAGGAGAACCCCUGGGGCCACAAGCGCAGCUACCGCCUGCAGAUCCACUCCAUGGCCGACCAGGUGCUGCCCCCAGGCUGGCAGGAGGAGCAGGCCAUCACCUGGGCAAGGGCUGAGGGGGGCCAGCCCAGGGCCCUGAGCCAAGCUGCUCCACCUCUGCCUGGCAGGUACCCCCUGGCAGUGACCAAGUACCGGGAGUCGGAGCUGUGCAGCAGCAGCAUCUACCACCAGAACGACCCCUGGGACCCGCCCGUGGUCUUCGAGAAGUUUCUUCACAACAAUGAGAACAUUGAAAAUGAGGACCUGGUGGCCUGGGUGACGGUGGGCUUCCUGCACAUCCCCCACUCAGAGGACAUUCCCAACACAGCCACACCUGGGAACUCCGUGGGCUUCCUGCUCCGGCCAUUCAACUUCUUCCCAGAGGACCCCUCCCUGGCAUCCAGAGACACUGUGAUCGUGUGGCCUCGGGACAACGGCCCCAACUAUGUCCAGCGCUGGAUCCCUGAGGACAGGGACUGCUCGACGCCUCCCCCUUUUAGCUACAAUGGGACCUACAGACCUGUGUGACCAGCCCCCAGUUCCUCCCCCAGUUCCUCCCAGGAAGCCCAGGAGCCUCACUGGGGCAGACAAUAAACCCUCAGAGCCUCGCUCUGUGUGCUGCUUCUUGCGGGGAGGCACAGGGCCGUGUGUGUAGGAAACACACGCACAGACAUGCACACACUCGCACAGACGUGUGCACACACACACAGACGUGCACACACUUGCACAGACGUGCACAUACCUGCACAGACGUGCACACACAUGGCAUGCACUUUAUUCACACUGGUCUACUGCAGCCCAGAAAAGCCACCAUU